AGGUCCUGCCCAUACACACUUGACCAAUCCUGAGUCAGUGUCAGCUGUCAAUCUUUAUUUGCAGUCUGUGCUCUGAGACACCUUCGAUCGUCUUCCUGGCAACAGACAUCAGCCUCCUGGGCGCUGUGGACUGGGUGAUGAUGCAGUCGUGUUUCAGUCACCACUUCAUGCUCGUCCCGGAGAAGCAGGAGAAGUACGAGGGCCACCAGCAGUUCUUUGCCGUGGUGCUGCUCAUUGGCACCCGCAAGCAGGCUGAGAACUUUGCCUACCGCCUGGAGCUCAACGGCAACCGCCGCCGGCUCACCUGGGAGGCCACGCCGCRCUCCAUCCAUGACGGGGUGGCAGCCACCAUCUUGAACAGUGACUGCCUGGUGUUUGACACCUGUAUCGCCCACCUUUUCGCAGACAACGGUAACCUGGGAAUUAAUGUCACCAUCUCCAUGUGCUGAGGGAGCGGCAAUAUUGGCAGCGAUUCACAACAGAGACACUGCAGAUUGGUCUGAGAGCUCAGGAGGUUGGCGUUCACCUUCUCUCGUGCUGAGUCCGAGCUGGACUGUAAAUGUAAUGAAUGAUGAGAUGGCGAGCAUCGAAAAUGAAGAUCGUAUGUCCAUCAGAUCCGYUGCUUCGGCCGGCAAUGCCUGAGCUAGACAGAGACCGAGCUGUACGGAGUCAGGGACGAUUCCUCAGAGGAAACAGACUAAUUCUCCACGAGCUUCUGUCAGGCUCAUCUGACUUCCUGUGUACUUCCUCAUGAUACUCUGAUGUUCGCUGUGGUCGACAGAUCCGCUGCUUUCAGUCAGGGCGAAGGUGACAGAGUUUCAUCAGACGAUAAAAGACGUUAUAACUUGAAGACGUGUUUGGUUAAUUGACGGGUGWCUCAGCCGAUAGCAGAGCUCGCUGUUUGUUCCUUUGACCAAAAGUCACAGAGCAGAGACGAUGUUGAUGAAGCUCAGAGUGUGAUUUGUGGAUAAACUGUAUUUAUACUGAAACUUUGUUUUUAAAUACUGCUAAAUGAUGAUAAUAAUCAAUAGAUUAAAUGUUUAUACAUUAAAUUAAUUGAAAGAGCA